GCGCGAUUCAAAGGGGACUGUCUUUUUUUUUACUUUUCUUGCAAUGAAACAUGCUGCGACUCUGGUGAAAAGAGCAACUACAUCGUGUCAGAUAUAUCGAAAGAUACGAAAAAGAAAGGCUCGAGUAUUGUUAUUAAAGAAAAUAUAUAAAAAAAAAUAUACAUGGCCAGCGUUUAAUCUACAUGACAAAACAGAGUACUUGUUCAUUGGUGUUUUUGUUGGUAGAUUAUUGAUCCUUUUUCUUUUUAGACUAAAAUACAAGGGAACAACAACAUUAGAAGAAAAGAGAGUAACAAGAGUGUCUGGAAGUAUCAACAAAGAAUAUGAACUAGUGGAAUGGGAUCCAACAGUUACUAUAGACGAUCUACGACAUAAUUGUGAACAUGACACUUCAAAGGAUGAACAUAUGAACCAUACAGCGUACAAUAUGAUACAAGACUACGUUGCGCUUCAUUGUAAACAAAACAUAGGGUUGAUCACUGAUUUGGUUCUACAGUUGAUUGAUCAAUUGUUGGAGAAUAUGGCAAAUAUACAUGAAUCACAGAAUGGAAAGAUAAUGGAAUGGGAGUACGUUCUUAUGCAUGCUAUACAAAUUGGUGUACCGCAAAGCGUGAUCGAACAAACACGGAUAGAAAUGGAAACAAAGACCAAUAGAACGGCACCAGCCAUUGAAGCAUUUAACAAAGAAAAAGAACAGCUUAUUGAUCUUACAAAAAUAGAAGAAAAUUUUACUGAUCUUACAGAAAUAGAAGAAUAAUUCAUUUUGUCUUCUUUUGCAUUCACACAUAAACAGCAUCACACAGCAUAUACACACAUUAACAC